GGGCGGAGCGGGGCCAGCCCGGCCCCUGGGUCCCAGCCCGGCCCGUGCGCAGGCGGGUCCCGGCUGCAGCCCCAGCGCGGGGAGCGGGCGAGAGGCGGCCCCGGGGAGGCAGCAGCCGCGGGGCGGGAAGUCGCUGCCGGGCGGAGGAAGCGGCCGGGGCCGGAGCCGAGCCCGGCGAUGGCUGCAGCGGGGCCGGCGCAGCAGCUCCAGGUGGCGUUUGAGGACGUCGCUCUGUAUUUCACCCGGGAGGAGUGGGAGCUCCUAUCCCAGCCAGAGAAGCAGCUGUACCGGGACCAGAUGCUGAGGAAUUACCAGGCCCUCGUUUCCUUGGGCUAUUCAGGUUCCACACCAGACUUAAUCCACCGGAUCGAGGUAGGGGAGGCAGAGCUCUGGAUCCAGGAUGCCGAGGACUCCAGGGAAAGCUCCGGGCCUGAGAGCCCAUCCCGAGCAGGGCUCGGGAUCCUGGGGGGAACACGGACACAGUCUGAAUGCGGGGAAAAUGCGGCAGGGAGGCAAGAUUCCACAUCCCAUAGAGGGAUCCAUGCACCGGACGCAGUCCAUCACCGGGGUAAACUCAGCCAGAGACUAGAACUUGCUACACACCAGAGACUCCCCAUGGGCCGGCGUCCCCACCACUGCAUCAACUGCGGCAAGAGGUUCAGCAACCCCUCCGCACUGACCCAGCACCAGUGCAAGCACACCGGGGCGUGGCUGCACCGCUGCUCUGACUGUGGGAAGGCCUUUGUACGGAGGUCACACCUGAGAAGACACCAGUGCACGCAUACUGGAGAGUGGCCGCUUUGCUGUGCUGACUGUGGCACGGGCUUUGCAGAGAGCUCAAGCCUGAGAAUACACCAGCGCAUGCACUCUGGGGAGAGGCUGCAUCACUGUGCCCACUGUAGUAAGGGAUUCUGCAGUGCAUCCACACUGACCCAGCACCAGCGCACGCACACCGGGGAGUGGCCGCAUAUCUGUGCUGACUGCGGCAAGGGCUUUGCAUGGCGCUCAGAGCUGAGAAGACACCAGCGCAUGCACACUGGGGAGCGGCCACACUGCUGUGCUGAGUGCGGCAAGACCUUUUUACGGAACUCACACCUGAGAACACACCAGCGCGCACACACUGGGGAGUGGCCACACCGUUGUGCCCACUGUGGUAAGGGAUUCCAUUGUGCCUCCACACUGACACUGCACCAGCGCGCACAUACUGGGGAGCGGCCAUACUGCUGUGCUGACUGCGGGAAAGGCUUUGCAGGGCGCUCACAGCUGAGAAGACACCAGCGCACACACACUGGGGAGCGGCCGCAUUGCUGUGCUGACUGCGGGAAGGGCUUUGCAGAGAGGUCAACCCUGAGAUCACACCAGCGCACGCACACCGGGGAGCGGCCGUACCAUUGUACUGACUGCGGCAAGGACUUUGUACAGAGCUCAACCCUGAGAACACACCAGCUCACACACGCUAAGGAGCGGCUGCAUCGCUGUGCUGACUGUGGGAAGGGCUUUGCAGACAGAUCAACCCUGAGAACACACCAGCGCACACACCGGGGAGCUGUCACACCACUAUGAUGAUUCUGGUAAGACUGUCAAAAAAAACCUAGCUCUGUUCCAGCCAGCUGGUGACUCUUGGGUGACAUCUACAGGUGGGAUUUGCAGUCCUCUCAGCAUGGAUUGGGUUGAGGGGCGGGGCAGGACAGCCCAGAGUGUGUGAUUGAAAGACGACUCAGGAACUGCUCAUGCCAUCUACUUUAUAUAGAAAUGUGAUGAAGAAGAACUAAGUACCUAAUGUGUAACAAAGGUCUGUCUAACCAGGUGUUUCUUUGCUAUUAAAAAAGCUGAUGCAGUCACAUGGCAGGUGGAGAAGCCAAUGUGAAGUGCAACCAAUGAAAGUGUGCUAGCUGACCAGGAGGUCUGAUGAACUGUAUGACAGGCAGGCGCAUAGGGAGAGUUUCCCAUUACUCUUAGGGGAAAUUCUGCGCCUAAAAAUUCUGUGAACAAUAUUUUAAAAUUCUGCACAUUUUUAUUUGUCAAAAUAUCACAAUAUAAUCACA